UCUCCAGUACAGGAGGAGGGAGGAUUAGGGGAGGGAGGACUCCGUCACAUCCUCUGUCCAUGUAUGGGCAUGAAGUUUACACGCAGCGGGGAAUCCUCUCACUGGAGCUGAUGAAUGGGGAGGAGGGCCGAGGGAGCUGCCAAUGUGUAUAUAAGGAGAGAGAGGGGAAGUCGCUGAUGUGAAAUCCACAGCAAGCAAAUACCUACCGAGGAGCAGAGACGAAAAGGAAUACCUUUAAUUGCUUUUUACACCUUUUGACACAUACCACUUUGGAUCAUUUGUUGAAAACCAUCAAAAGGGGGAGUUGAAAGAAAACAUUCACCUGCAUAAUUUGUUUUACAUUUUUUCCUUUUUCAUUGGGAGAGACGGACUUCUAAGUGCAUCAGUAUGUUGAACAAUAUGGAUUUGAAUGCGAAAGAUUCUUUUUACCCUCAGUUUGAGAAUUGCAACAGUUCUUCCCUGGGAAUGGAAAACAGCGUGCGGAAAGAUAACCAGGAGGUGUAUGUCGAUGCAGAGCGGGGGGUACCUGCCCAGUUUGGCCAUGAAGGAACCCCUGCAACCCUCAAAACCGAAGCCUCCAACUCGGAAUUUGCUUUUAACCCCUGCGAGUGUCCAAAAGACAACUACACCCCCUCAUCGCUCGCCUACUCUGGCAGUUUCUAUGUUGAGGCAUCUCAGGGAGCGCCGUGCAGCACCGAAACACUUCUCAAUAUGAUCACUGAGAUUGUGGGUAUAUCCACACUGCCACUUUCAGAAGUGCAACACAGCGACAACAGUCGAGGAACUUAUCCAUCGCCUGCUCCGAUGGACAGCAGCAGUGGCAAUUUUGGAGACCCCGGCAUCAAGAGGCAAUCCUACACCUGCUCCGGACCUACCCCCACUGUUUACUCUCCAGAUCAGACGUGCCCGAGGUAUGCUGAUGAUCAGGCCGGCGGGCAGGCCCAAGACCCGUCCACUUCCCAGCUGAGCUUCGGCUCCUCCCGAGCUUCAAACCAGAAAAAGGAUGAACCAAAGUCAGAGGCCGCUUCUUUUCCUGUCGUGGUCAAGAAUGAAUUUGAAAGCAGCUGCUACGAGUGGGGAACUUUUAACAAAUCUGGCUGUUUGGAGACGAGUUUCCAGAUAGAAACCUUCCCAAUGUCAAGCGAUUUCCCCCCUGACCAGCAGAUGGACGUUAAGGAACUCUUAGACACAUUUCCCCCACUGUGUCCCAACCCAGAGAUGGAGUUUAAAGUGGAGGGGGGUAUCAAACAGGAACCGUGUUUCUCUGACACCUGUUCCCAGAGCUUCUCCAGCCCCCUGUACAAUAAUUACCUCCCACCACCUCCGAUGGGCCUCUCCUCCAACCUGAAACCCUUCCCCGAACCUCCACAGCCAUCUAAUCAGUGCGAUUCCUUAUACACAUCACCAGCUUUACCGAGCACCAUAGACUCCAUCCUGUACUCUUCCUUGUUGCCAGAUUCUUUCGCCCAGAGUUACACCACCCGUGCGACGAAACCCCCCAGGGCCAGGAAGAGCCCCGCUGCCUCUCAUGGCCCAGCCAAAGAGAAACCUUUCACCUGCCCCAUGGAGAGCUGCGACCGGCGCUUCUCCCGAUCGGAUGAGCUCAACCGGCACAUCCGCAUCCACACGGGCCACAAACCUUUCCAGUGCCGCAUCUGUUUGCGCAGUUUCAGCCGUAGCGAUCACCUUACCACCCACACCAGGACUCACACAGGAGAGAAGCCGUUUUCCUGCGACGUCUGCGGCAAACGGUUCGCCCGGAGCGACGAGAGAAAACGGCACGGACGUGUACACCUGAAACAGAAGGAGAAAAUGGAAAUAAAGCCACAGGUGACCACCGGUGCGUGGACUUUCACUCUUCCCGAGGGAAUUUGAAGACAAAGCUAUGUGUCCACACAUACAACAUUAGGAUCUCUCCGUCUUGGAAGAUAAGCCAGCCAACUACAAUUAUAUGUCUGAGUUAGUUUAACUGGCAAGCCAAAGCCUGGCACAAGACGGUUUUUUAGGAGCAGAAAGGAAGAGAGAGGUCUGCUUCGGCCUUAUUGCCUGCUGCUGAUGCUGCUGACUUUAUGCAAAGAUGCAUAAGUUGUAAGAGUCGGUAAACAGAUCAACAGUGACUUGUUGCUGUUACUGUAAGUAGAGCCAAACAUCUCUGCUGCGGCACUGCAUGACUGCUGUUCAGCACCUCUUCAUCUGGACAGCUCCAACCUCCAUGCCUCUGAGCCUGGAUGGUUUGCACUUACAGUUUAUUAAUAUCUCCAUUUAAGAUUCUUAUUUUCUGCUUUUAGCAUUCUUAGAGCAAUGGUUUGGACUUUGUUUCUUAAAAUGCAUGUUUAUGUCAGUGUUUUCUUUCCUUUAAGCGGAAUAUAAACCACUGUCAAGGUACUCCUUCACUCCACAGGGAGGAUUAUUGACAUGAAUGUAGGCUAACAUAUUUAUGGCUUUGACCAUAAAGCUGUCCAUUUUUGAUCAAAUUUAGUGUUUGUUUAACUUCUUAUCAUUUGGCUGUCAGUGUUUUUUGUCAUUGGUCUUUGUGUUGUGUUACAAUUGUUUGGAUUAUUUCAAUUGUGAAAGAUAUAUCAUAAAUGGGAAAUAAAUAUAUUUGUAUUACUGUACUUCUUUGUAUUUUUAUAGCUAACUGUAUAUUUUACAUUUAUCGCAUUUGAGCGUCAUUUAUCAAGGUGAAAUGUAUUCUAAAUCAUUAAUAAUGUCUUGGUUUUCGAGGGCUACUGUUUAGUAACACAAUAUUUUAAAUCUUACAAUUUGAUAUCAGAAACGUUUUUCGCACUUCAUCCCUUUGUUGGUAUGAUAAGAGUUAUUUAAUUGAACAGCUGAUCUAUUAAAAAGGACCAGUAUGUACACUAGUAGGGGUACAACUUUUCAACAAAAAUGAUUUUACAGUGUGUACAGAAGUAUGUUUAAUCAGGCUAGAAAUGACUAGCAAAUCAUUUAAACAUUGCUUUUGAGUAAUCAGGUAGCACACAUUGCUGCGAGUUUUGGUGGACUUUACUUUGGACUUUACCAUAAAAGGGUUUUGACACUUGGUAUAUUUUGCUGGAUAUACUGUAUGCUGAAAUGUUCAUUUUAGCAACAAAAAAAAGUUAAGUGUUGGUGAAAUUGUCACCAACGGGGUACUGCAAAUAAGUAAUUUAACUCGCCUUAAGUUAUAUUAACUGUUCAAGUAAAGAUUUUGUACAUACACAGUUUCUACUAUACGUUAAAUUAAUAUUGAUGUUGUUAUUUUUAUGAAAAGUUUAUGAACAAAAUAAACAUUUUCUGGAAGCAGCAAGUUUCUUGUGCAUGGUUUACAAUAAUCAAAAUGACUAAUUCCCCUUUCUCACUUUGCCCAAUCUGUUUCAUACGGCAUUGAGACCCCCCCACCCCCAAUCAAAUCACUCAGAUGAGUGUCUCCCCGCCCAAAAUAUACAUUGUAACAGUCAACAUGAGGCACCACACUGUUGCCCUAACAUUAGACAUCACAGUUCCGCCCUGUGACUCAGAAGGUUUUUGACUCAAACACAUUAAAGGGAAACCCUAUUACUCAAUGCUGUGAUUCUGCAUCUCCUUGACUUCAAAGACCACGUUUCUCAUGUUUUAAAUGUAGAGAUGAACACCCUGGGUGCCGUGGUUAUCUCUACAGGAAACUUGUUUAACAGGACAUUUUCUUGCCAUGUCAGUGAGAUGAUCUGAUGCUCUCAAUUCAUUCAGUCCUUUGUUCAUUCACUCAUCCAUUUUUUGCAAUAAAAGGAUAUUA